GUUACGGUCCGCGUGACAUAAUCUUAUCGAGCGUGGUCGGAUGGAUAUUUAAUAAUCGCACACGCAUUGAUACACUCUCAGUGAGCCGUUAAGAAGCUAUCAACGUACCAUCAACAUGGAGCUAUUGCUGUCGCCGUGGAAGCUAACGUGGCUUUGCGGACUGGUGUGCCUGCUGGUGCCUGCGGUGGUGCAGUGCACGUUUUUGGACACGUACCAGGGACAGCUGGCCGAGCUGCACAAGCAGAUGAAGACGGAAAUUGGCAAACGGUUCCGGGAGAACAGUGAGCUGAAUGGUGCAAUGAUCGAACGGGACCUGAUUCCACUGUUGGCAGAGGGUACGGUCGCCAUCCGGGAGGCAAACAGUGAUCUGCAGGAUCUGAUUGCAUUCCUGCGCCCGAGUGAUGCGACCGGUGAAUGUUGGGCCUCGGUAGAUGCGUUGAUCUAUCUGUACAAGAUAUUCUCACAGUGGGACCUGCAGGACUGUGCGUACGCUGGCUACGCCCGGUGGAUGCGGGAAGAUGGCCGGGUACGAUUUUACCCGGUAGCGCACGAGCUGCACCGUGCAAGCAGUGAAGUGAUCAACGCCAUCGUCGGUGUCCUGUCGGAGGAUAAUGUGAUCACAAACGGUGAAGAGGUCGAGGGCCGGCUGGAUGCCAAUUUGGAUCACUUUAACGAAGUGUCGAUUGAGGGUCUGCAGGAUUUGGACGAGGAGCUCGAGAAGCACAACGAUCGAAGGGAUGCAAUCGAACAGUUUAUGCGCCAGUGUAUCGAUCGGACAAUUGCUACGAGUCGGGAGGAUGUUGAUUACACUGUUCGCUAUGCGGAAGAUUUCUGUUUGUAG